CAGAUGAGUGAUUUUGGGAUCAGGAACAUGGAUCAAGUAGCUCCUGUGUCUAACAUGUACAGAGGAAUGCUCAAGCGUCAACCAGCAUUUGAUACCUUUGAUAGCUCGAACUCUCUCUUUGCUGGAUAUUUUUUGUCACUAAAUGAAGAUCAAACGCUUCAAGAAGUGCCAACGGGAUUUGAUUCUACUUCUUAUGAGUCGAACAACUGUGAAUUGCCUCUGUUAACCCCGUGCAGUAAGGCUGUGAUGAGUCAGGCCUUGAAAGAUACUUUCAGUGGUUUCACAAAGGAACAGUGUCGGCUGGGUAUCCCAAAUAAUCCCUGGCUGUGGACUGAACAGCAAGUUUGCCAGUGGCUUUCAUGGGCUACUAAUGAGUUUAGCCUGGCAAAUGUGAACUUCCAUCAGUUUCUUAUGAGUGGCCAAGACUUGUGCAACCUGGGCAAAGAGCGUUUCCUGGAACUGGCACCUGACUAUGUGGGUGAUAUUCUGUGGGAACACCUGGAACAGAUGAUAAAAGACAGCCAAGAGAAAACACAAGAUCAAUAUGUGGAGAACUCUCAUCUCACCUCAGUUCCUCACUGGGUCAAUAAUAAUUCCUUAACUGUUAAUGUAGAUCAGAACUCCUAUGGUAUGCAAAUGCCUGGAUACCCUAAAGCCCUCAGUUAUCCCAAACCCAGUCUUCUGACUGAUAUCUGUCAGACUUCCACAGGACCAAAUCUCCUCAAUCCAGAACCAGAGUUUUCAUUGUUCCCUAAAACCCAAGCAGAUGCUGUUGGUGUGAACUACUGUGCAGUAAAUCAAGAUUUCCCAAGAAGCAAUCUGAACUUGCUGAUAGAUAAUUCUGGUAAGCUUAGAGAACACGAAUCUAGUGACAGUGGUGCAGAAAGUUACGAAAGCUCAGAUUCGAUGCUACAGUCCUGGAACAGCCAGUCAUCAUUAGUGGAUUUACAGCGUGUGCCAUCCUAUGAGAGUUUUGAAGAUGACUGCAGCCAGUCCUUGUGUCUGAGCAAACCUACAAUGUCUUUCAAAGACUAUAUUCAAGAACGAAGCGAUCCUGUAGAGCAAGGGAAACCAGUUAUACCAGCAGCAAUUCUAGCUGGCUUUACUGGCAGUGGACCUAUACAGCUAUGGCAAUUCCUUCUGGAGUUACUGACUGACAAGUCCUGUCAGUCAUUCAUUAGUUGGACAGGAGAUGGAUGGGAAUUUAAACUUGCUGACCCAGAUGAGGUGGCACGGAGGUGGGGAAGGAGGAAAAACAAGCCAAAAAUGAACUAUGAGAAGCUCAGCCGAGGCCUACGCUACUAUUAUGACAAGAACAUCAUCCACAAGACUUCAGGGAAACGCUACGUGUAUCGCUUCGUGUGCGACCUGCAGAACCUGCUGGGGUACACGGCGGAGGAGCUGCAUGCGAUGCUGGGGGUGCAGCCUGACACGGAGGACUGAGCCUGACGCCACCGUGCUGCAGGGGUGAAGAACACGUGUUGGGACUGUGUCUGGGAACCAUCUGCAGUCAGUUCUUCUGGCUGUUUGGAUGGGUGCAACUGUUGGGAAAUAAGGACCUUAAGUGAUUUUGUAACCAGGGAGAGCUGGAAGGAAGUGGCCUUAUUUCAUCAGUGGCUUCGGGUGUUGCCAUGUCAGGCACUUGAGCGGCGUGGAAGUCAGCAGACCCCAGCUCUGUCACGAAGACAUGGAAAUGCUCUCAGGUUAAGCAUUUCGACUACUUGUACUGCCACGUAAAGAGUUUUGGCUACUUACACUGCCAUUUAAUAAUGGGUUGGCUUUAAAACCAAAGGUUGGAUGAGAAACGAGUGAUGCAGCAGAACUAUUGCUCAGAUAUUUUAAAAUACCAUCGUCCUUGCUUACAUCUUGCAUCAUGCAAUUUAUUUAAAACAAACAAACAAAAAAAAC